CGGAGAAAAGAGUCCAGAGUCUGCAGGAACGCAGGAGGAAAGUACAAGGAAAAGCAGAUGAUGAAACCAAGAGAGUCACUGACCUGUUCAGAGAGACCUCAGGAGACGUCUAGAUGACUUGGAGAAGAGAGUCCUGAGGGACAUCUCCGGGUGGGCAGAGCGGGUCUCCCGUCCCAUGUUGGAUUAUAUUCGGGAUCUGGAAAUAAAGAAGGAGGAGCUGUCCAGGAAGAUGAGGGACAUUGAGGAGCUGUGUAACAUGACGGAUCCACUGACUGUCCUACAGGAAUCAGACACAGGUGACUUGUGUGAUACUGAGGAUGGAGAUGAUGAGGACAGAGAGAGACAUGAGAACCUCCUCCAUGAUGGAGGGGAUGGGGAUGUGGGGGGGAUCUCACACACAUUACACACGGGUUUAUCUGAUAUCAUGUCUGGGGUCAAUGUACAGAAAUGUACAGGCACACAUGUCUCUCCACAUUCUACUACAAAGGGCAAAGGUCCCAUCAAUGGUCCACCAUCCAGGAAACGCCUCAAACCCUCCCCCACUGGAGGACCAAAUAUUGGGGCUGUACAGCAAACAUUGGGGGGUGUCGGGGGUUACAGACAUAUUACUGGAUGUGAGGACAGCUGGUAAUCGUCUACAUAUAUCAGAUGACGGGAAAACUGCAUCCUCAUCAUCACAUCAGAAUCGGCCAGAAACACCAGAGAGGUUCCAGGGUCCUCAGGUGAUGAGCAGUCAGAGCUUCUCCUCCGGGAGACAUUACUGGGAAGUGGAUGUCGGGGGGGCAAAGUACUGGACAGUCGGGAUGUGUUACCCCAAUAUAGACAGGAGAGGAGGUCAGUCAGGGAUUGGAUAUAAUAAGAAGUCCUGGGGGUUGAUGAGGGGGAGGUUGGAGGGGUUGGGGGGUAAUCAGUACUCAGUGGUACAUGACAGUAAUAGGACCCCAUUCCCCGGCGGUGUCUCCAGUACCAGAGUCAGGAUAGAUCUGGAUUAUGAGGCCGGGCGGAUCUCCUUCUAUGAUCUGUGUGACCCGAUCCGACACCUCCACACCUUCACCACCACCUUCACUCAGCCCCUCCAUGUCGGGGUAGGUGCAGGGGGAGGUUGUAUAAAGAAAUGUGGGAGGAGCCAGAAGUGAGAGAUCCGCCCAGAGAC